AGGCCAAUGUCAUCGUAGAUGUUUGGGUUCCGCUCUAGGAUAGGUUAUCAAAGUAUUGAAGAUGAAAGUACUCUGUCGCGAAUAUAUCCUUCUAAUGAACAAACACUUCUAAUUCCCGAAGGAACAGUACCGGAAGAUGAUGGACCGUCGGAUGUGUAUGGUAGUCCACCACUGGAACAUGAUAUCCCAACGAAUGAAGUAGGUGGAACUGGUGCAUGUCAUGCUGCUACGAGUUCUGGUAUUUUAUGGGAUGGAGUAGAGAAUUUGGAUCAGUUUUUUACUCGAGUGUACGAAUAUCAUCAAAAUGGUGGAUAUCUUUGCAUAGUUAUUAAGCAUAUCCUCACCUUACUUCAAUUUAUAUUUGUCGUUUGGUUUGUUGCAUUCUUGCAAGCACGCGUGGAUUAUGACGUUUUGUUCAAAAAUAAAAAUAUCUCCGCAGAAGGAAAACCAGUUGGUGGGAAAAUUCGACUUGGAGAUGUCAUAUAUCCGGAUUGGAGUCAUGUAGAUGUUUUUACAUUAUGCUUGCUGGUUUUUGCCGCUUUAUUUUGGUUUUUCCGAGUUACACGGGUUUUUUAUCAAAUUUACCAAUUUAAUGAAAUACGUACUUUUUAUCAUUCAGCACUGGGGAUUGAGGAUGCGUUAUUGAGCGACCUUAAAUGGCAGGAUGUCGUACAACUUAUAUGUGAGAAACAGCCAUCUAUACAUUUAAUUUUAAAUAAGGAUGGAAUUACUGCUUUGGAUCUUUAUCAGCGUAUUCUGAGACAUAAGAAUUAUUUUGUUGCUCUUGUGAAUAAGGAAAUACUGCCACCGGUAAUUAAUGUGCCUUUCAUUGGUUCAAUGCCAUAUUUACCAAACGGUUUGAAAAUGAAUUUGGAAUGGCUGUUGUUUUAUGGAGUAUGGUCUCCAUGGAAGGGACCAUAUGAACUUAAAGAAGAGUACAAACAUCCACAGAAUAUAUUUAGGCUUGCGGAUGAAUUAGAUUCAGCAAUAUUGAAAAUGGCUAUUGGCAAUUUUAUUUUCUUCCCACUUGUAUUCAUUUAUCAAGUGUUAUAUUUCUUCUUUACUUAUGGUGAGCUGCUAAGGCGAGAUCCGGGUUCAUUUGCUAUGCGUAGGUAUUCAAAUUAUGGAAGGAAUAAGUUGCGACAUUUCAACGAGUUGGAUCAUGAAUUGCGAAUGCGUCUUUCAAAAAGUCAUCGAGCUGCAACCCAGUAUAUGGAGCAGUUUCUUUCACCCCUUGGGCAGGUUAUCGCUAGAAAAGUACAAUUUGUUGCAGGUGCAAUCUGCAUAGUGUUCCUUUUGCUAGGUCUGUGGGAUGAAGAUGUAUUGUCGGUUGAACACGUUCUGACAAUUAUAUCUACAUGCGGUUUGAUUGCCGUCGCAUGUCAAUCAUUCAUUGGUGAUGAAAAUAUGAUUUACUGGCCUGAAACAUUGUUGGAUAUGGUGAUUGCACAGAUACAUUAUGCACCAGACUUGUGGAAAGGGAAAGCCCAUACAGAUAUGGUUCGGAAGGAAUUUGGACAUUUAUUCGAGUUGAAAGCGAAAUUUUUACUUGAAGAACUUCUGAGUCCAAUUUUAACUCCAUUUAUUCUACUUUUUUGGAUUCGUCCCAAAGCGAAAGAACUUGUGGAUUUUUUCCACAAUUUUACGAUUUCUGUGGAAGGUCUUGGUGAUGUUUGCUCGUUUGCACAGAUGGAUAUCAGACAGCAUGGGGACCCGAAUUGGAGCUUUGAUGAGCUUACUAAAGAAGAAGUUGCAAAUAUGCAUGGAAGAGUUCAUGCUAAUGAUGGGAAAACAGAGCUGUCUUUGGUACAUUUUGCUAGCAAUCAUCCAAAGUGGAAACCACCACCUCGUGCUGCUCGCUUCCUUGAUGACAUACGGGAUCGUAUGGCACACGACAUGAAUACAUUGAGAGAAGGUGUUGUUGUGGAUGAUAACAUGUUGCUGAAUAGUUUACAUUCUUUCAACCCCAUUGCUGAGCAGGAGCUUAGAAAAUUUGUAGGUCGACAACCAUUUAUUGCUUCCUUGUGUGAUCCUGAUUUGUCUGGUGCAUUAGCAAAUAUGUCUUUACAUGGUGAAAAAAAAAGUCAUAUGAUUGAUAUGGCUCUUACAUCACAAAUGACCGCUUUAAGUAUCGCAUAUCUGCGUAAUUUACAUGCUCAUUGCGAUAGUCACCGCGUUGAAAUAGUAUCCCCUCCGACAACCAUGGCAUGUCAUCAUGUAGCACAGGUCUCUCCAGUUUCUGCAAACAUAGCACCAAUUGUAAGCGGAACGGCAAUACGAUGUUCAGGAGAUACAACGGCAGAAGCAGUAGGCAAUGUUUGGAGUGUUCCAGCACAAAGUGCGAUUUCACCUCUUCAAACAUCACUUUCGCCUCGAAGUGAAGAUGAACAGCUGCAACAGGAACUGACUGGAAAUGAGUCGUCACCUCCUGGAUUGUCACGUCAUAUUCUGGAUGUUUGAAAUGAAAGCUGCAUUUUUUUUUCUCAUUCAUUUUAUAAUAUUUAAUGAAUUUGGAUGAUUCUUUAUUCUUUGCCUAUUUUUUUCUGUACUACCCGUGCUUCCGAAAGCAUAUUCGUAUAUCAAAGGAAGCCUUAAUUAUGAGAUAGCUAGAGAUCGUGACGGGAUUUUUUCCCAAUUAAUGAUAUUUCUG